UAUACCAUGGAGACUAUUCUUCUUGAACUUAGACGGUAUGGCUUGAUAAUUGUCUCGCCGCCACGCUCUGGCUAAUAUCGAGAUUUUAGAUACAUGGCUCUGCCGCAGCACAAGAAGCUUCCGCAGCCCCCGGAAGGAACGACGUUCUAGACUCGUUUAUCGAAUAUAUGGCUCAUAAGGUGAGCAGCCGGAGUCCUAACUCGGCUGUUUCUGAAUUUCUUGUUGAUAUUGAAGAGCAUGUAUAAGUCUGCAUCACCGGGAAGCAUUGGCGUUGGUUUUGUUGCUUUGGAGCGUAUAUCUCCGGUGGCUUCAUAAAUAAAUUCUAUAUUUCUAUAACGUAAACUGUCUAAUCUUUAGACAUAUGUCAUAGAUGAAUAGACCGAACUGACUACAAAUUCAUGAUAUCAAUCACGUGAUUGGGACUAAGAUAUGCGGAGAAGCUUCGGAGCUGUGGUCACGUCCGCCAACAAUGUUACUAUUUCCGACCUAAUAAUCUUCAGAUGCAUAAAGUAGUAUUCCCAAAGCACUCGGGGGUGCACCGGUUUGCCUGCCUUGCGCUCUACCGGGCUCUCCUCCGUCAAAGUACAAGAUUACCCUCGACCUUUCCCGAAUCGCGUACGGUCAAUCAUCUCAUAAGACACAAAUUCCACAGAUACAAAAACCUUCAGAGUCCGUCUCAGACAGCCAACGCCCUGAAGGCUGGUUACGAGGCGCUGGAUCUAUUACAUUCCGCUUCUCAAGGCAAAAAUGAAGGCAUCUCCCGACUUUCAGCUCUUCUCUCCGAGGGGCGUGCCCUACGUUUACGCAACAGCUCUGAACAACGGGCAUUAACGGAAGCACAGCCAGUCAAACCUCUAUCUAAGAAAGAGAAGAAGAAGGAAGCAAAUAGACGGCACCAGGAAGCAACUGCUCUGCGACAUCCGGAUGCUACGCCCAUCUUGUCGCGCCCAAGAGCCGUUGUGAGCGGGCGGCGUCGAGUACCUGUCCUUGUCAGCGCUCGGGGUGAUGUCCCGUUCCUGCGGAUCAAGAAACCGCAGCCCAAGAACCUCAGCGGGGUCAUAAGGAGCAAGCUUGAUAAUCGAUGGAAGAGGAUCGUCCGUCGAGACAGGCUGGAGGAGGAAUUGCUUGUGGCACAAGACGAAGACCACUGGGACUCUAUAACAGGACAAAAAGAGCCAGAGUCUUGGACGACUGAGAUCCGAAAUGCACAUAAAGAAGUUAUCCAAAAGAUCAAAGAAUCUGAUAACAAGAACAGGUUGCUCGCAGAAGCAAUGUGGAACGUCGUGCUAGCUGAAAGAGAGUUGGCGGCAAAAGAAGAAAAGCAGAGAGAAAUGGAAAGGAAGGCCAGGUCGCUUGAACGGUCUGAGUCUUCUGAUGAGACGCAGACGUCUUGAUGCACUAGGGUAGUAUUAGGAACACCAUCU